GGUUCAUCCUCAGACAUCUUCCCGCACCCGCUGCCAUCCAGUCCCCACAGUUUUUGUUUUGCUCAUCUCCCGCUCUAAAGAAGAUAGAUUUUUCAGAAAAUAAUUUCUUCAUUUCACAUAUUGUGGGCAUACCUGACAUCCAGCAAAAUGAUAGCCAGGCCCUUGCCGUCACGGCUGAUGGGAUGUCUCGUCUUCAUGAUGGCGCUUUCCCUUUCCUGCAGGGUCACCCACGCAGAUAGAAUUCUGAGCCGCCAUACUCGGGCCAUGAUGAUUGACAUGAGGGGCUUUCCAGACACGGAACCUUUCGUCUGCAAGGGCGCCGGUUUCCAACGGAACGAGACCGACUGCACUCAGUUCUUCAGAUGCGUCGAUUUCAACAACAAUGGGAAGCACACCAUUUUCCGCUUCAUGUGCGGACCGAUGGCCGUUUUCGACGAGAGUCGGUCACUGUGUACCGGCCCGGAGCUAUCGGUCCCUCCGUGCCCCAAAGACCAACUGGACGCUUUCUUCGUUAGCAUGAAGCCGAUGGACUCUGGUGUACCUGCACCCCCUGCACCACCGUCCCCACCGUCGCCGCCUCCCACCUUACCUACCACGAAACCCCCAGUUGUUAUAUCAACACUUUCCCCUGCCACUGGACCCCCCAUUCCAGUAACCCCGGCUCCGGCUCCGGCUCCAGUCCCUGCUCCCGCUCCAGCCCCAGCCCCAGCCCCAGCUCCAGCCCCUGCUCCAGCCCCUGCUCCAGCUCCGGCUCCAGCUCCAGUCCCUGCUCCCGCUCCAGCCCCAGCCCCAGCCCCAGCUCCAGCCCCAGCUCCAGCCCCAGCUCCAACGCCAACCCCAACGCAACCUGAUCUUCCCCCAAUCGUGGUGAUAAGUUCAACUGAAGCCCCUGUAACCGUGCCAGAAGCCCCCGUUACCCCAACUUCCCCACCAGUGGUGGUAACAAUCCCAGUAAUUACGACGCCUGCAGUUACAUCACCGGUUGUUACCACUGCCCCAGAGAUCAUUACAACCACGAGUCCAGCACCUGUUGUAACAGUACCCGUAGUCACUGCGCCACCUGUAACAGUGCCUGUGGUCACUACACCACCUUUUACAGUGCCUCCAGUCACUACACCUCCCGUAACAGUACCUGCAGUCACUACCCCGCCCGUAACAGUACCCGUGGUCACUAGCGCGCCCAUAACAGUACCCCCUGUUACUAAUCCUCCACCUACUCUGGCCCCUGUCACUACCCCUGCACCUGUCACGGUCCCACCGGCUACUGCAGCCCCACCUACGCCAUCAUCGACGACGGUAGUCGUCACAGAGCCAACUCCUACAACUACACCUGAAACGGUAGGCGAAGGGUCUUCAAUUGCAUCGUUAAUAGACGUCACUUCACCUGAAACUCCCGCCACCACAACGACGCCCUCGACGACCACCACUACAACGACGACAUCGACUACCAUCACUCCGAGUACCGUGGUCAUUCCCGCCCCAACUGAUGACAUCAAGGGUUUCAUCACCAUCGGCGAUAAAGAAGUGACACAGAUCCAACAGCUGAUUUCGACCAUCACCGUUGUUCCAGGCGUCACUUGGGCAGUGACAAGUCAAGGCGAUGGUUCCAAAAUCGUCAUCAAAGAGGACGGCUCGAGCGAGACGACCUUCUCCGUCAUUCCACCCGGUUCGUUCCUGAUGAUCAACACCACCCAACCAGGUGGAUCGUGGACCAACAUCGCCAACGGGUUGUUCACCACCAACACGACCACCACGUCCUUCCCACCUGGAACAACGUUCUCCAUCGUUAAAGUUAGUCCUACAGGUCAAGUAAUCAGCUGGCAAACUAUUCUCACCACGACAUCCACCAGCACGUUGAGCGUUCCAACCAACAGCUUCGUCGGUUCGGUUCAAUUCGUCAAUCAGAAGGUCGUUACCAUCGCGGGAUGGACGUUCACCACGACGUACUUCACCACGGGUACAACCGUCAGCUCCUUCGGAGUUCUCCAGCCUUCCACGCCGUCCACUUCGUCUCAGACGACGAUCACAACCACAUCAACUGUCGUCACUGGCGAUCAACAAUUCAUUUCGGGUAUCAUCACUGUUGGAGGACAAGGUGAGCCCUCUGACGGCACCAAAGAAAUCCGUGUGGCUGGAGGAGAUUUGCUGGCCAUCGUUCCACAUGGCGGACAAGGGAUCAUCACUUUGAUCGAAGAAGGUUCAACGAGCAGCACUGAUUUCCCCAUCACUCCAGGAUCCUUCCUUGGCGUCCUGGCUCCUAGUACGGGAGCUGGCAUCGUUACCAACGUCGAUCAAUCCAUUUUCACGUCGAACACGACCACGAUCACCUUCCCAGCUGGCAGCACUGUCUCCAUUCUAAAGGUCGGAGUGGAUGGCAAAUUAGUUCAAGUAUCGUUCGUUCAACUCACUUCAUCGUUCACGUUGUUCACGAAAACGCAAAGCGUUGUUGGUAUGGUUGUUACGACGAGCACUGGAGUUAUCAGCAAUAUUGGAACAGGAAGUUUCAGCACACAGCCCGUGGCAGGAUUAUCGAAACCCAUCUAUUUCGGUAUCGUCAACAUACAUCCGAAACCGGACGUAACCCAAGUGGAAUCGUUGUCGGGCAUUAUUCAGAUCGGCGAUACGACGUUCUUGCGUCCGCAGGAAUCUGUCACGAACGUGCAGACAAUCAAAAUUCUUCCAGGCACGACGAGCGCCAUUCUCGUUUUGGGCGAGAUCAAAGUGACGGAGGAAGAUGGCACUUCGAUCAAACAGACUGCAAUCUCCAUUCCAUCUGGCGGAAUUCUUGGCAUCGUCACGCAGACCAACGGCGGCGAAAUUACUGGAAUUUCAAACGGCUACUUCACGACGACCACGACGCAGAUCGUGUUCCCAUUCGGCACGCGGUUCGGUAUCGUCAUCAUCUUGCCCGACGGUACAAUGAGCCUCCAACAGCCGAUUGAUACCACAAUCAAAACGACCAUCACCGUUCCAGUUGGAAGCGUUUUCGGCGUGUUGACGCUCUCUAGCCAAGGUGUGGUGACUGGAAUCGGCGCUGCUUCCUUCUCGACUCAGUACUUGCUUCUGACCGAUUCGAACACCCCUAAUGUUCCAGCAAUGCUGGGCAAUUUUGGCGUCGUUUACUUUAGCGAACAGUUCACGCUAUCGCAAUCGACCGUCAUUAAUUCAGCUUCUGUUUUACAACAACUCCAGACGAUCUCCGUGAUCGUUCAACUUGGGGUCAAGGAUUCUUUUAAUGCAAUCUCUUCGCUGUCUGUUCCAUCGGGCUCAUCUUUCGCAAUUAUUCCUAGUACAAGUCAGGGAGUCGUGACGGUAACUGAAGGAGGAGCUACAUCGACCUUCACAGUUUUACCUGGCCAGUUGUUCACCAUCUUCAACGUUCAAGAUGCAACGGUAACUAACAUUGGCGAUCGCUUCUUUACAACCUCCACGACGACAUUCUCUUUCGGACCUGGAAGUCAAUACGGAAUCAUUAAAAUCGGUUUGGAAGGGCAAAUUAUUUUAACUGAAUUCACCCGAACGGCCCAAAGCGUCAUCACGAUCGUUGUUAGUCCAGGCAGCACAGUCGGUACGAUCCAGCAGACCACUGAUAGCAAAAACAUCAUUACCAGCAUCGGUGGAGCUCCGUUUGCAAUUAAAAUUAUGAACACAGUAAAUCCAUUUGUUUCAAGCGAAUUUACCUCGUACGCAGCAGUUAUUGACAUAGGUGACGCCACAACAAUUGUUCCAUCCGCACCAGUCACUCAGGUCCCAACCGCGGUACCUUCUGAACCCAUCACACCUGAAACUAGCACUAGCUUGCCAACAGCGACCAUUGCUCCCAUUCCGGCUGUUGAUGACAUUAAAGGUUUCCUGACGAUUGGCGAAAAAGAAAUCAUUCAAAAUACACAACAAGUGACGCCAUCUAUCGACGUACCUUCCGGCAGCACGUGGGGAGUAGUUAGCCAAGGAACUGGUUCUCAGAUUGUAAUCAGAGAACAAGGCUCCACCGAGACUACGGUGUCUGUUCCAGCAGGCGCAAUCUUGGUCAUCAAUACCACCCAAUCCGGUGGAGUGUGGACCAACGUUGCCAACGGCUUAUUCACGACGAGCUCGACCACGACGUCCUUCCCACCUGGAACGACAUUUUCGAUUGUUAAAGUAGGAGCAACUGGCCAAAUCAUCAGCACGCAAACAAUUCUUACCACUACAGCGACGUGUUCGAUAACUGUGCCCACCAACACCUUCGUCGGGUCAGUUCAAUUUUUCAAUCAGCGAGUUGUUACCAUCGGAGGGUGGACUUUCACCACGUCCUACUUCACCACGGGUACAACCACCAGCUCGUUCGGAGUCCUCCAACCAUCCACUACGACCACGACGACUAAUUCUCAAACAGUUAUCACAACCACGUCGACGGUCAUUACUGGAGAUCAGCAAUUUGUUUCGGGAUUCAUUACUGUAGGUGCACCGGCCGAGUCUUCGCAACCAACAGAGGAUCUGACCGUUCCUGGAGGCAAUGUUUUAGCUAUUAUACCGCAAGGUGGAAACGGAAUUAUCACAGUUAUUGGAGAAAAUCAACAAGAAUUCACAAUCACACCUGGAACUUUCCUCGGCGUCCUUACUCCCAGCAAUGGAGUGGGUACUGUCACGAAUGUCGUCAAACCCAUGUUUACAACCUCAUCAACGACCAUCACAUUCCCGGCUGGCAGCUCCGUUUCCGUUUUCAGGGUUGGAAUCGAUGGCAAACUUGUCCAAAUUUCAGUUGUUCAAUUCACGACUACGUUCACCAUCGUAACUAGCUCGCAGAGCUUCGUAGGACUCGUUGGCACGACGAGCUCAGGAACAUUGCAAACCAUUGGAACUGGAACUUUCAGUACGCAAACACUUACAGGAUCAACUGCUUCAGUUGUUUUUGGAGUUUUAAAUCUGAACUCUGUCGAAACUUCCCAAGUCGAGUCUUUGUUUGGAUUUCUCCAGGUCGGAGAUGCCACAUUCCUGAGCCGGCAAGAAUCAGCUGUUGCAGCGCAGACUGUAUCGAUCCCUGCGGAUUCGACGAGUGCCAUAAUGGCAUCCGGAGACAUCAAAGUAACUGAAGAAAGCGAAACGUCUUCCAGGCAAACGACGUUCUCACUCACGUCUGGAGGCAUUUUCAGUAUGGUAUCUACAACAGGAGGACAAAUUAGCGGAAUCUCUAACGGCUACUUCACAACCAGUCAAACCACAAUCACCUUCCCAUCGGGAGCCACACUUGGCAUCAUGAUGAUACGACCGGAUGGAACGAUGAUCGUGCAGAAUCCCAUUGUCACCAUAGAUAAAACAACCAUCACCGUUCCCUUAGGUAGCAUUUACGGCUUGAUUGUCCUGUCCGCUCAGAAUGUCGUGACUGGAAUCGGGGCGGCCUCCUUCACCACUGAAAACUUGUUGGUGAGCGACUCCACUGGCCCCGACGUGCCUGCUGUAUUGGGCAAUUUCGGCGUGAUGUACUUCCGCGAGCGAUUCCAACUGUCUCAGUCGAUCGUCAUUAGCUCGGCCCAGUUUUCUGCUCAGCUCCAGACGAUUUCGGCCAUCAUCCAACUGGGCGUCAAAGAUCAAUUCGCAUCCGUGCUCGACUUGGCGGUACCAGCAGCUAGCUCCGUUGGUAUCAUACCUUACAAAGAACAACGCGUUGUGACGGUGAAUGAAGGAGGGUCAACAUCAACUUUCACCAUAUUACCUGGGCAGAUGUUUGCUCUACUGAACGCCCAGGGAGCGAUUGUGUCCAACAUUGGCGAUGGAUUCUUCACGACGACGACGACUGCCAUGUCGUUUGGAGCUGGAACGAUCUACGGAGUUGUUAAAAUCGGCUCAGACGGUUUAAUGAUUUCGACGGAAUUCACACGUACCUCACAGGCUAGUUUCACUGUCAGUGUGACAUCUGGAAGCACAGUGGGUAUCCUUCAAUUUGAAUCGGAAAGUCGUCGUGUCAUCAUCAGCAUCGGAGGCGCUUCUUUCAUCACUAGAACUCUGACAUCUAUCAGCUCUUCCAGCUCAGUGGGUUCUGUAGGAUUACUGGACAUCGCGGGAUCUGCCACAGCUUUAAUUACAACCACAUCCAAACCGACCAUCACGACCCCGCAGCCUCCUGUCGCAGGUUUUGCCAUCGACUGCGCACUCAACCAACUCCAUCAAUUCCCACUCGAUUGCUCUCGAUUCUACCAGUGUUACGGAGAAGGUGAAGAUCGCACUGUUUACAUCUUCCCUUGCGCUCCAGGGCUCGUCUUUGACGAAGCCACGUCUCAGUGCUUGACCCCGUCUGAAGGUGCGUGCGAUGAUAUCACGUCCAUCACCGAUCCAGCAAGCUCUUCCGAAGGCGUUGGUGGCUUUUUCCAAAUCAAUUGCUCGGGCGAACUCUAUCGCUAUCCCUUGAACUGUAAUAAUUUCUAUCAAUGUUUUAAAACUGACAAUGGCCAAGAAACCAUUUACGUCUAUUCCUGCGCCACUGGGUUGGUCUUUGAUGAGGAAUCCAGGACAUGCCGCUUGCCCAGCGAAGCUUCCUCGUGUUCGGUUAACAGCAAACUCUUCAGAUCGCCAUCGAUUCUCUUCCAGCUGAGGCAGAAAAUCGAUGUCGUAUCGCUCAUUCCUUCUUCGAGAAUUCUGGUCGAGCAAAAGAGCCUUUCGGGCAGUUCCAGCGUCUCGGAGGUUUCUUUUAGCCAACCGCAUCAGACGGGAAGAGGAUCCACCAAACGGAAAAUGGGAUACACUGAAGAGACGCAGCAAAAGGUUGAACAGCGUCGAAUCCAUACGGAGCUCCGCCAAGGCAAAGAAUCCAAAUCCACAGUGGCCGUUACAGGUAAUUUUAGGCCGAGGCUGUUCGACUCCAGUGUUUACGGCGUCCGCAUUAGUCCUCUUUCCAAAAGCCUGUUCGGUCAAAGCAAGCCAAAUGAAAACAAAUAAGAAUUAGAUGAUGCAAUUUUUGAAAAAAAAUAUAUGGUGAAAGUUAAAAAAAAAAAAUGCAAUAUAUUUUACAUAGUCUGGCAAAUUUCAGUACCAGUUUUAAAAUCAAAAAGAAAAAAGGAAAAAAAAAGGAAGGGAAUACUUUCUGUGCAUUUCGGUAAGUUUUGUCUAUAAUGCGAAUUGUGAACUCAUGGCCAUAGAGAUUGUCCCGAUUGUUUUGUCGUGAAAUGAUAAUCUGGAAAUACAAUUCACCGUCACGA